CUUACGCGAUUGUCCGGUAUGACUUUAUUCAACACAUCUUCAGCAAAUGAUCCUCACGACCGGAGCUGCUACCUGCAGUGAUUUCUCAGUCGUAGUAAACACGUAGGACGGAACGAGAGUGUGUCGAAUUUCCUAUUUGCUCUAACGCAAACAUGAAGAUCUUUUCGAAUUUUUAAAUACAGUGCCGAGAUUUUUCGACCAGUGGAGUUAAAGUUUCUGUGAUAUCGAUACAUAGUGAACACCGUCAAUCAUGUCUUCUGUGAACAUUCCAAAAAAGUCUCACUUUGAGGCAAAGGUGCUGUUACGCAGUACCUCGUUUCAGAAGUUGUGCUCUAUACCGUACAGUUUCAAAAUAGAAGCAAUUCAAUCGUAUAAGGAACACAUCAAAACAGUCAUAAAACUGCUGAAGAUUGCAACGCGAGCUUAUGUGAUUUCGAUUUAUUUAAAAUGUAUGACUACCAUCCUCUUCAACGAAUACAUCUUUAAACUAUGUGCCCAACUGCAGGGUUACUAUCCAGCUGCAGGAGGUGAUAUUUUGGAAGCAUCGACAACCGUCACUCCGAAUAUUGCAAAUGUUCGACACAGCAUAAAGACAAAUAUUACAAAUUCGCAAAAGCCAACCAUCUUAAACUUGAUAAUACUUUAUAAAAAAGCUAUUCUCACUAUCCUGACCUACACCUGCAUUCUAUAUAUUGCACUACAAAUAAUUUCUUUACUAACCGUCCUUUGGUGGUCCUCGAACAUACCGUUUGGCCUUGUGUUUCUUAUGCUGGAUUUGAGCUACAUGGGUUUCAUUAUGUCUAAGAUUGCAUUGUGCUGACCUUAUGAGCCAUAUUCAUGGUCUUACCAGCAGUACUGUUUAAUACACAACGCAUAUACUUGCAAAAGCAGAAUAAUUCUUAAAGCUACGAUUCCUCCAAAGUCAACGACAUUUUGAUAAGAAAACUAUCCUACCGAGAACCAUUGGCUAGAAAAAGAACAUGCGUCUCUGCAACAUCAUUUCUGCCAUACGAAACGUAAAGUGAACCGCAAAUUCGUCAAUCAAUCUACCGAAAACAGUAGUGGAAAGACAGUAGUCUCUUUUGUUAGUUUUUCCCGUAUACCAACAACAAUCACCACCCGCCGUACCACCCUCAACACAGUAGUAAAAUGUAUAAGCGACGGAUGGGAAAAAGAAAAUUUGAGUAAAUAAAGCGCUUAUACCUUACACAGAAAGCCUCUGGAACUUUUGUCGAAAUAGCAUAUCCUUCGGUAAACGCCGCACUUUCUCUCGUUCUCUCUUUCUUUCUUUCUCUCUAUUUCUUUCAUUCUCUCUCGCUCUCUAGGUUUCAGGGAUCAAAACAAACUACCUACGCUCACGAGAGCCGAUUGUAGGGGUUUUCCGAAAUUUUCCAAAAUACCGCAUUGAUAUGCUUAUUUCUUUCGUUCCUAGUGAGAAUAUCAUGUUUUGCUUACAGUAACUUGUAUUUUACUAUCGACUAUAAAGUAACACCUGCGUUCAUUAAAAUGUAACCUACUACACAAUAAGAAUUGGGGAAAAUAUUUAUGGAGCUAUUGCUAAGCAGAUUGCGGCAUUGGAAAAUUCAAAGUGAAAACCCCUGUACAGAAAUGACGUUUGUGAAGCCGCAUUUAACUACUUUAUUUUCAGUUAGUUUAUGCAGACAUUUAGGCGAAGUUGCACGCGUCCGUGUAGUGUCAUAGUUCCCGCAUGUCCGGCCCGCGCGGCACCUGCCUCUGCACAAGGAUACGCUCAAUUUCGUGCUACAUUUGUACAUUUUUUACACCUAUUCAACGCUUAGUGAUUAUAGAACAAAGGUUCAAAAAUAAACGAGUGCGAGUGCUGUGCGUUUCCGCAGUUCAUCGUGGUACGGCAAUAUUCGAAAGCGCCACAAAAUUAUACAUUUCCCCUGAAAUGUGAAGUGAUACUGUACAGCAUACUUGAAUGAGAAUAGCAGUAAAUUUAAUUAAUGUGAUAUCAAUCAAUUCGACACGAUUGAUUGUUUUCAAUAGUAGCGCAAUUAAAAUAUUAUUGAUGCACAAUGCCAGUACGCAGAGGACACGUUGCUCCCAAAACAACGCUUAUCGAAACAAUUAUUCGAAAAUUUGAUACACACAAUCGAAGUUUUUUAGUAGCGAACGCACAACCAGAAUCAUGCCACAUUAUCUUCUGUUCCGAUGGAUUCUGCAAAAUGACGGGAUUUACCAGGGCGGAAGUGAUGCAGCGAUCAGCCUGCACCGACUUCCUGCAGGGCCAAAUGACCUCCGUCGGUGUCAUGGACUCUAUAAAGGAAGCACUAAGAAAAGGCGAAGAAAAACAUUUUGAAAUUCUUUACUACCGAAAAGAUGGUACGAAGUUUCUAUGCUCGGAAGUAAUUGCUCCAAUCCGCUCGGAAGUCGAUGACAUCUCUCUAUUCAUCAUAAACUUUGAGGAUCUAUCAAAUCCAUCUAACCCAGAGCCGAUCGAACAAGUUAAACUAAGCAAAUUUGACAAAGCGAGAGCUAGUUUUCGACAAUCAUUUAGAAUCGGUCACAUAGCCCUUCGUGAUCGAGGUCUACGUCUGGCAGGAUAUCUGACCCCUCCCUCCGAUGCCACACAAGAUGAGGACGAGAUUAUUGCACCGAAACAUCACAUCGAGAGCAGUCCUGCUAACAAGAAUACAGUCCUCAAAGUGGAAGCCAACAUUUGGGCACCCAUGUCAACGCCUGCCCUGACAAGAACAAAGGAGCUGGACUGUCUCCCACAUGAUAUCGAUACACUCAGCGGACCAGGAGAGAUUGUUAUAACGGCUCCCGAUAUAACGCAAACAACGAGAGAUGAAAGCAAGGAACAAAGUACGAAAGAUAUGAAGCCAGAAUUUGUGCAAACUAAGAGCUUAGAUUUUGAAGCGCAAUUAAAACAUGUGGAAAGCGCUAAGCUAAUUCGCUGUUACGAAAAUACACAUUUCCAAACAAGCCGUGGAUUCGUAGAAAAACGUGCCCAUACGGUAGAUGAUUUCAUGAGAGGUCCCGUAAAUCAUAAUGCACGAUUGUACUUUCCCUACGUCUCAUCAGAAAGCGACCUGCAGCGGUACAAAACAGUCCCCGUGAAGCAAGCUGCGGCAGCUCAGGAUGCGAGGACCAGUUCAUCACUUUCAAAUGUGCCUUCAGACUCGCUCAAAGCUAAGGACAAUGGCUCUGGCAAAUAUUUCCAAGGUACAAGGCAGACCAUUAACAUGGGAGAGAAGGUGGCUCAGGUCCUUCUUACCGUAACUAGCGACACUGUUCAGCUGGCGCGAAGGACGCGCGAUGGAAGAGUAAGUGGCACACCAUCAACAGAGUGCAAGAUAAAUUAUGUUGACAACAUCAUGUCCGAGGCAAGUUUGCGGGCUAAUUCGUGCGUCGAACUGUCCGAAAUACGCAAACUGGACAGCUUGCUGAGGCAGUGCGAAACGCUCAGCUACGAUGAUCUGUCCUCGGGUAGCAAUGGCGAACGGGAGCUAGAGGACUAUAUGGAACAGAGAAAGCACGUCCGAAGGCGCCGCAAUUCCUCUGGGAACUGUAUUUUUACGCCACCCAUCAACAAGUCUACUCUAUCGAUGCUCUCAAGCCUGAACAUUCUCAACGGCGCGCGAAGGAUAAUGGGCGCGAUGAACGGGCCGGGCGGGCUGAAGUCGGGUACCAAUAAUGAUGAUUGCUGGCUUCUGUCGCAGAAGUCUUUCACCACGAAAAGUUGCUCAAAUCUUCCGAAAGGGAUGUGCUUUCAUCCGUCGGCCGGAUUGGGGCCGAUCGGUAAACCGCUACACCAGCAGCCGGUGGACAACUUAUGCAGCCUUUCCGAGACUAUACUUUCCAACUUACGCAAAGCUGCUCAUGCCGUGCAUGUGAAACCAGCUAACCGAGAAACUUGCGGAUGUUCUACCAGUAGCCCGAACCCAAACCCACCGAAUACGCUACAACUACCGAUAGGCGUCCCAGCAACAGUGGAGCAAAGCUGUGAAGACAGUGGAAAAAGUGUGCAUCGCAAGAAUCAAUGUCUCGCUCCAGACGAAGACAAUCGGAUCGUAAACAUCAUCGAAACGCCCAACAUAGUGCCGAUUUCUAUGAAGAGUCUCAACAGUGCCCUAUCCGAACGGCUGUGCUACACGACGAAAGCGCAGAAGUCCUUUGACAAUAAGUCGGACAAAUCGUUACUUUCGCAGGCCAACAGUGUAAAGUCGCGGUCCAAGUUCUCGCCGCUAUCGCGCAAGGUUUCACAUAAGACCAACAGUUUCGACACGGAGCCUACCGAGGGCGCGAAGGAGUCUCUACUGGGGCACAAGUUCGAAAAAAUACUCCCUGAGCCGGUGGAAACAGUUCUAUCACUGGGAGCUGACGUCCUGCCGGAGUACAAACUGCAGAGUCCUCGUGUUCACAAAUGGACAAUACUGCACUACUCACCCUUCAAAGCAGUCUGGGAUUGGAUAAUCCUGUUGUUAGUUAUGUACACAGCAAUAUUUACACCGUAUGUGGCCGCAUUUCUGCUCAGCGAGCCGGACUAUAAUCAGCGAAAGAAUCGAAAAUAUGCAGAUGAUCCAAUUGUGAUAAUUGAUUUAAUAGUUGACGUAACCUUCGUUGUUGAUAUACUGAUUAACUUCCGAACCACGUUCGUAAACGGGCAGGACGAGGUAGUAUCCCACCCGGGACGAAUCGCCGUUCACUAUUUGAGCGGAUGGUUUCUGAUAGAUCUGGUAGCAGCCAUACCCUUCGACCUGCUUCUCGUGGGAAGUGACACAGAUGAGCUUGGCUUGGACAAAGAUGAGACAACCACCUUGAUUGGGCUGUUGAAAACAGCACGAUUACUUCGCCUAGUACGCGUGGCACGGAAAAUCGACCGGUACUCUGAGUACGGAGCAGCCGUGCUCGUACUUUUAAUGGCGACGUUCGCCCUGAUCGCACAUUGGUUAGCCUGCAUAUGGUAUGCCAUAGGAAAUGCGGAACGACCACUGUUGAAAGCAAAGAUAGGGUGGCUGGAUGCACUGGCACAGGAUACUCAGGAGUAUUACUUCCCGAACAAUACCGGUGGAGGUCCUUCUGUGAAGUCCCGCUACGUUACUGCCCUGUACUUUACCUUUACAUCGCUCACAUCGGUUGGUUUCGGCAAUGUUGCGCCAAAUACAGAUGCCGAAAAGAUAUUUACGAUAUGUGUUAUGCUUGUUGGCUCGCUUAUGUACGCUAGUAUCUUUGGAAACGUUUCCGCCAUCAUACAGCGGCUUUACUCAGGAACUGCAAGAUACCACACACAGAUGCUGCGGGUACGCGAAUUCAUACGAUUCCAUCAGAUACCGAACCCGUUAAGACAACGCCUAGAAGAAUAUUUCCAGCACGCCUGGACGUACACCAAUGGUAUCGAUAUGAAUUCGGUGCUGAAAGGGUUCCCUGAGUGCUUACAAGCUGAUAUAUGCUUGCAUUUGAAUAGAAAUUUGUUAAACAAUUGUUCAGCUUUUGAAGCGGCUAGUCCAGGAUGCUUAAGAGCGCUUUCCCUUAAAUUUAAAACCACUCAUGCUCCGCCGGGUGAUAUUUUGGUGCACAAAGGGGAUGUUUUGACGUACCUUUAUUUCAUAGCCAGAGGGUCAAUUGAAAUUCUCAAAGACGACGUUGUAAUGGCGAUUCUAGGCAAGGAUGAUAUUUUUGGAGAAAAUCCGUGCAUACAUUCCACUCUCGGAAAAUCAAAUAGUAAUGUUAAAGCUCUGACAUAUUGUGAUCUGCAUAAAAUUCAUAGAGAUGACUUAUUAGACGUGUUAGAUUUAUUCCCGGAAUUUUAUGAUAGUUUUGUAAAUAGUUUGGAAAUUACAUAUAAUAUGCGAGAUGAAGAGCAAGCUGGUGUCGAACUUAGACAUAGGUACAUGCGGACUGGAUCCCAAGAUCGUGAGAGUGAGACGAGAUCUUACGUUAGAAAACUAAAUACCGUGCACCACAGGCCACCAGGCAAUAAAUGUGAUAUGCCCAAUGAUAGAAGUUCGAUAGGACAAAUGAGCACUAACUAUGAUGAUGAUCGUAAAUUUUCCCUAUCAGGUAUUAUAAAUCAAUUGAAAAGAAGCAUACCAGACCUUAAUUCAUAUAAACAUCAGCCAUUAACGAACAAGUGUGCUUCACCCAACGAAAGCCCUAAAAGUACGCACAAGCAGACAAUACCCCAUCAUCACGAACAUCAAUCGUCGGCCAUUGUAGCAUCUUCGGCGGCACUUGGAAGGGUACCAGAUACCGUCACGUUGAGUGCAGUUAGCCAUCGUGCCUGCACGUGCGGUUCUAAGACCGAUGUCCCGGUCGGGCCAAUGCGGGUCAGCGAUUGUUCUCCAAAGAGCAGCCCAGAUGAGGAAAUCUUUCAUCAUACCGCACCCAACAGUAGCAACAUGAGCAAACCGGAUGAAUCAAAACAGAAUCUAGAAACUAUGGCGCAUCAGCUCUCUGAGUUAACGAAUAGGAUUGGUGUUCUGGAAUCAAGUCUCAAGCACGACAUCAGAACAAUACUAGAAAUUCUACACCAGCAACAACAGAUGCAGAUGCAGAUUCAGCAACAGCAGCACUCUUUUGCACAGCAACAGCAACAAAUGCAUCAGAUGCACAUCGGCAAGACAGCAAUGUCUUCGUACCAACCGUCCGAAAGUGAUUUUUCUUUUGACAUGUGCGGGCCUCCGAUGGACUGCCGAGAAGUCAAACACCAGCAGCCUCCUUCAUCGCAACAUCGCAUACACGUGGCUCGUUCCGUAUCGCAACCAGAGUGCACCGAUGAUCGUAGUUUAUUUAAAUGUUCAAAGUUCUCAUCAUUCAAUCAUCCCAUGGAUGACACGCCCGAGGGACAAAAUUGGAAUAUAUUUGCCCCAAUUGCUAAGCUUGAAUCACUGGACGAAAUAGAUCAGGAAACCAAACCCUCAUCCAGUCAUGAUAAGAUGCAAUGAAGAAAUCAAACGUUCAUAAUGCUUCGUCGCUUGGGAAGAGACAGAGAGAAGAAACACCGAUCCAGUUCUAAUCUACUAUCUAGUAAAUGUUGUUUUAUCUUUUUCUGUUUUUUGAAAGUUUCAAAGCAAGAAUAAUCUUUGUACAUAUUCUUCUACGCAUAGCGAAGUCAAAGCCAGGACACACAAACACACAACUAGAAAGACACAUGAGAAUACUCGACGCCACACCCUAACACAACAUUUAUGGCACAUUUAACACCACUUUCAGAGAUCGAUCGUUACGUACAUUUCAUAUAUUAAUAUAGAAUUCUUCACCAGGAAAAAAAAUCGUGUGAAACAAAAUGCAAUGUCUUUAGUUUUCAUUUUCACUCUAUAUUAAUCGAUGCAGCAAGAAGAAUAAAAGACAAACCAAAAGCUUUUUGUUGAUUGACUGCGUCAAGUCUUAAAACAGCAAUAAUGACAAUUUAAUAGCAAUCUUUUUUCGAGCGAAGUACAUUUCAACCCUAUUCAACCCAAGUGAGAGAGGUGUUUGAAGGAACGCUACGGAACGCUAGGAAAAACUAGGGAAGCAAGCGCCCAAGCGAGGUAAAGGUAAUGGAAAACGUUGAGGGUAAAAAGGUACAUGAACGAAUGCUAGCUUAAUGCAAAAUCACAACCAAUAGAGACUUAUGAAUAUCAAUGAAAUAACACACAAAAUCAGCAAGCAAAUCAACAGCGCAUAUUGGAAACAGCAUAUUGCCUUUGUUUAAGUCGAACGCAAAAAACAACAAACACAGAAAAAAGCAAAUAAAGUUACUGCUAAUGAACUGAUUUAUAAUACUUUA